CUGGUGCACUUUAUCUUGAGCAAACAGAUACCUUCGAGUCUAUAGUGGAGGAGUGAUGUUGCCACUUCUGGUGCCUCGCAAACGCCUAAGUCAUCACACCCAAGCGGCCUGUGAUGUUGCAUUCCUCCCUAGGCUGCAGCAAACCUCGCACGCUUUUCAGCGGCGAGGCCGCUCAUGACGUCGUGCUCGGGCACAGUGACAAGGGUCGAGAAUUCGAUCGUUACCGGAUCCUGGCGAAGCACUCAUUGGCUGAUCGAGGAAGCCGCAGAGUCCUCGGCCCGCAUCACAGCUUGCGGCCACACUCCUGUGCUGAAUGUAGUCGUAUGAAUUGCCUCAAUCACUCAUCUCCCCUCCACUUCACCCAAACUCAACAAUCGCUUCACAUACCGUAUCAUCAACAUAAUGCUCCUACUCUAUUGGCCUGGGCAUCACAGUAUCACAAACAGUGGGCAUCGGCCUCAGCUCUGAGAGUGCAGAUGGGCGCGGAGGGAGCGCUUCGCCCCUCGAAGCAUACAGUACACCGACAUGGCCGAACGCGAUCGAGCUGCUCGAGCUUUGUCAAGGCGUGUGCGUCACACCGCUCGCGGGAGACAUUGAGCGGAUGCCUUGCGGCGAUCAAACCUCCUACGACACUCGAUCUUGAGAUGGAUCAAGCAUCGUCCGAUCCUCUCUAUGCCGGACGUGAGCAUAUGAUGUUAUACAGCUCGCAGACGAUUGUCCAGCUGUCUGACUCUCGCUCAUUGCUUGGGUACGAGGCUGGGUGUAGAUGACUGGACGUGCCAAGAGCUGCGCUGCGUUCAAUACUCCGUUGACCAAGUGCAACGCAAAUGAUCAAAGGCCGAAUUACGGGCAUGACAUCUUCAAAGCUGUCUAGGCAGCCAUGGCGAAGCAGCACAACGGAUACCUGGCUGCCCGUACCGACCGACUAUUGGUCCUGAAUGCCAUGCCACAAGAUGAGCGACUGGAAGGCAUUCUGUAAAAGGCUAGGAAGUUCCCUGACAUCUUUGGAGAAAGGACCCAUCCUUGGCAAGAAGAAGGGCAGAGCUGCUGAGAACACCAACAGCGGCGACGUCGACUGAACUCAGGCUCGCGAACAUACACCUACUCCGUCGUCCAAUCUCCCGCACCUCUUGCUCCCUUUCGCCUUCUGGCAUACAUUCUGGGCUCACACAGACCUGCCAGU